AUGGGACCUCCAGCAUUAGUAGAAGGAGAAGCUAUGGAAGUUGAAGUAGGCAGCGUAAACGAAAAUGGCAAUAUCGUUAAUGGUUCUGGACCUGUUACAAUACCUUUAUCAGGGAAUGUUUCUGGAGUUGGACAAACAAAUACUAUACAAAAUGAUAAUAGGAAUGGUGGGGGAGGAUAUCCUAUUAGGAAAGCGUAUGGAACUCGGCAUGGAGCAGGUUAUAAUAACAAUAGUAACGCACAACGAGCUGUUUUUGAUGGUAAAAGAAUGAGAAAAGCAAUACAAAGAAGGACAGAUUGUGUUUGGAUGAAAGAUCAUAGAGAUACUAAAUUUUUGCGACCUAAACCAAACUUUAUUAUAGAUCUUUUACCACCUUCUGCAUACUUACAUAAUCCAGUUAAUGCAGUUGCUACUAAAUAUGUACAUACUUCAACUAACAAGAAUCGAUAUCCUGUUAACGUUGUUCGGUGGACACCCGAAGGUAGACGACUUAUCACAGGAUUGUCCAGUGGGGAAUUUACAUUAUGGAAUGGAUUGACAUUUAACUUUGAAACUAUAUUACAGGCUCAUGAAUCAGCAGUACGAGCGAUGAAGUGGUCUCAUAACGAUAAUUGGAUGGUUACAGCUGAUCAUAAGGGUAUUAUAAAGUACUGGCAAUCCAACAUGAAUAAUUUGAAGAUGUUUGAAGGUCAUAAAGAGGCAAUUCGAGAUUUAUCUUUUUCUCCUACUGACACAAAAUUUGCAACUUGUUCUGAUGAUGGAACUAUAAAAAUUUGGGAUUUUAACGAAGGAAUUGAAGAAAAAGCUUUAUCGGGACAUGGAUGGGAUGUUAAAGUUGUUGAUUGGCAUCCAUAUAAAUCACUUUUAGCAUCCGGGUCGAAAGAUAAUUUAAUUAAAUUUUGGGAUCCCAAAUCUGGAAAGAAUGUUGACACAUUUCAUGGACAUAAGAAUAUAAUUCACGGUUUACAAUGGAAUAAAAAUGGAAAUUGGUUAGCAACUGCUUCUAGAGAUCAAUUAGUUAAGGUAUAUGAUAUUAGGAUGAUGAAAGAUUUACAGACAUUUCGUGGUCACAAUAAGGAAGUUUGUUUUCCGACAGCUGUAUCGUGGCAUCCGUUCCAUGAAAGGUUAUUAGCAACGGGUGGAUCAGAUGGAUGUUUGAUGUAUUGGAUUGUUGGGCAAGAUUCAUUAGUGGAGGCUGUAGAAUUUGCUCAUGAUCAAAGUGUUUGGUCACUUGAUUGGCAUCCCAUCGGCCACAUAUUAGUUUCUGGUUCAAAUGAUCAUUCGACAAGAUUUUGGACAAGGGCUCGACCUGGUGACACGGUUCAAGACAAGUAUCAUGUUGGUAGACAAAAAGCUGAAGAACUUGGAUUAAAAGAUGUUGAUAGUGAAGAUGAAGAUGAUUUCGUUCCAGGUUUAACAUUUAGUAAUAAUGGUGGUUUAAUGAGUGGUUUCCUACCAGUUCCUAUGAAUCCUUAUUCAGUACCUAGACCAGAUUUUAUGCAACAACAAUUUUUAAAUCAAGAUCAAAAACAAGGACCUCUUACUCCACCAAAACUUUUUGAUGGUGCAGAUAUUUCUUAUGUAUCUAACAAUGAAAAUAAAGUUGAUGAGUUACCUGGUCUUGGAUUAUUACAGAAUAAUCCUCAAAUACCACCGGGCUUAAAUUUAAAUAAUAUACCAUCAGGUCUUAAUAGAGGUCAACCAGGAAUCGGUAACACGGGAUCUCGUCCCCAACCACUUCCACAACAACAACAAUUUCAACAAAGAUCUCUAUUUCAAAUUCCCAAUCAAUCACAAUUACAACGGCCACCACCACAACAACAAUUACCUCAACAGCGACAAUUACAACCACUACAACAACGGCAAUUGCAACCACCUCCACAACAAUUACAACAAUUGCGGCCACCGCCACAACAACAAUUACCUCCACAGCAAUUGCGACCGCCGCCACAGCAAUUACAACCACCACAACAGCCACCUCCACAUCAAUCACAUCAACCACAUCAACAAUUACAUCCGCCGCCACAGCAACUGCCACCGCAUUUACAACCGCCACAGCAAUUACCACAAAUACAACACCUACCGCCACAACAGCAAUUACAACCUCCGCAACAGCGUCCUCACUGGAUGCCACAACAAAAUGAAGGACCUGGCGGAAGAGGUAGUCCUGGACCGCGACAACAAGGACAGCAAAAUCAACAACCACCGCGUUGGAACACUCAACAAAGCGGGGAAACAAUAAUUCAAAUUAUCAAAAUUGUUUCGUUCGGAAUUCAAUGUACGGUAUUUUUACACUAA